AUGACGGCGCCGGAGGGGGUCACUCAACCAAGUGCUGUUAUGGCACUGGUCUUUACUGGGGCACAUUGGGUCCGACUCAUAGUCGACGAUGUCGAUGGAGUGACACCAAUGCCCCCUUUUUCACCACAAUGGUCUCAUUUUCGAAAUAUGACAUCAAUUCCUGAUUGGGACUUGUUAUACGAGCAAGAGCAGGCAUUGUAUUCCAUUCUCGGAGGACAUUAUCCAAACGAUGAUGAAGAGGGUGAUUAA